AUGGUGUGCACAAAAUGCCAGAAGCUGGGUAAGGGUGGAUCGACCCUUGCGACUCCCUCCGUCAAGAAGAAGAGCGAAAUGUAUCAUGGCUCCGCCGCGUCCUCCUCCAAACCGACUCUGGGAAGCACAGGCAUCGGCAAGAGCAAGCUGCUUUCAAAGGCGGCCAAGAACCCCUACGCCCAAUACUCGAGCGCGUGCUCCAAAUGCAAAACAAAAGUGUCCCAGGGUCACUCCUUGUGCCAAUCGUGCGCCUAUCGCGCCGAUGCCUGUGCCUCAUGUGGCAAGCCCAACAAGAAGAAGACGGCUGCGCCAGUCGUGGCGGGGCAGAAGUUUACGCUGAAGUGA